AUGAUAUUCUGUCUGUAUUGCCUAGUCUUUCUGGGGUCUAGCUAUGUUAUUUCAACCUAUGGACCCCAUCAGAGGGCACAGAAGACUGGUGACAUUCUCCUUGGCGGGCUUUUCCCUAUUCAUUUCGGUGUUGCCUCUAAAGACCAAGAUCUGGCUGCUCGGCCAGGAUACACGGAGUGUGUCAGGUUUAAUUUCCGUGGCUUCAGAUGGCUCCAGGCCAUGAUUUUUGCAAUCGAGGAGGUCAACAACAGCAGCACCUUGCUACCUAACAUCACCCUCGGCUACAGGAUCUUUGACACUUGCAACACAGUGUCCAAGGCCCUGGAAGCAACCUUGAGUUUUGUGGCCCAAAAUAAAAUCGACUCAUUAAACUUGGAUGAAUUCUGCAACUGCACAGAUCAUAUCCCAUCCACCAUUGCGGUUGUCGGAGCGUGCGGCUCUGGAGUCUCCACUGCAGUCGCCAAUUUGCUGGGCCUCUUCUACAUCCCUCAGAUCAGUUACGCCUCCUCCAGCCGCCUGCUGAGCAACAAGAAGCAGUUUAAGUCCUUCAUGAGAACCAUUCCAUCAGACGAACACCAGGCCACAGCCAUGGCAGACAUAAUCGACUACUUCCAGUGGAACUGGGUCAUAGCUGUGGCAUCCGACGACGAGUAUGGGCGACCAGGGAUCGAGAAGUUUGAGAAGGAGAUGGAAGAACGAGAUAUCUGCAUCCACCUGAAUGAGUUGAUCUCUCAGUACUUGGACGAGGAUGAAAUCCAAGGCUUGGCGGACCGCAUUGAGAAUUCAACAGCUAAGGUCAUAGUAGUGUUCGCCAGUGGGCCCGACAUCGAGCCCCUUAUCAAAGAAAUGGUGAGGCGAAACAUCACUGACCGGAUCUGGUUGGCCAGUGAGGCUUGGGCAAGCUCCUCCCUCAUCGCCAAACCGGAGUAUCUUGAUGUCAUGGGCGGAGCUAUUGGAUUUGCUCUAAAGGCAGGCAGCAUACCUGGCUUCAAGGAGUUCCUACAACAAGUGUAUCCAGGACAGUCCAGCUAUAAUGAAUUUGUCAGAGAGUUUUGGGAGGAGACCUUUAAUUGUUAUCUGGAAGACAGCCAGAGACUCACAAACAGUGAGAGUGAGAGAACCAGUUUCAGACCAUUAUGCUCCGGCCAGGAGGACAUUACAAGUGCGGAGACCCCUUACUUGGAUUACACUCAUCUUCGCAUAUCCUAUAAUGUGUAUGUAGCUGUUCACUCCAUAGCCCAAGCCCUGCAGGACAUUAUCACCUGCACACCAGGUCACGGUCUGUUUGCCAACAGCUCCUGUGCAGAUAUAAAGAAAAUUGAAGCAUGGCAGGUUCUCAAACAGCUCAAGCAUUUGAACUUCACUAACAGUGUGGGAGAGAAGGUGCGCUUUGAUGAGGCCGCCGACCCGUCAGGAAACUACACCAUCAUCAACUGGCACCGGUCCGCUGAGGAUGGCUCCGUUGUCUUUGAGGAGGUUGGCUAUUACAACAUACGGCCCAAGAAAGGAACACACCUUUUCAUUGACAAAGCGAAGAUUCUGUGGAACGGCUACAAGACGGAGGUACCAUUUUCUAACUGCAGUGAAGACUGUGAACCAGGGACCAGGAAGGGGAUCAUAGACAGUAUGCCAACCUGCUGCUUUGAAUGCACAGAGUGCUCAGAUGGAGAAUAUACAGAUCAUAAAGAUGCCAGCAUUUGUUCUAAAUGCCCUAAUAACUCCUGGUCUAAUGAGAAUCACACUUCGUGUUUCCUGAAGGACAUAGAGUUCCUAUCUUGGACUGAGCCCUUUGGAAUUGCCUUGGCAAUAUUUGCUGUGUUGGGGGUUUUCCUGACGGUCUUUGUCAUGGGAGUGUUUGUCAGGUUCCGUAACACGCCUAUCGUAAAAGCCACAAACCGGGAACUGUCCUUCCUCCUCUUGUUCUCACUCAUUUGCUGUUUCUCGAGCUCUCUGAUCUUCAUCGGCGAGCCCCGGGACUGGACGUGUCGUCUACGCCAACCUGCUUUUGGGAUUAGCUUCGUCCUCUGCAUUUCCUGCAUUCUGGUCAAGACUAAUAGAGUCCUACUGGUGUUCGAAGCGAAGAUCCCCACCAGUCUCCAUCGCAAAUGGUGGGGAUUAAAUUUGCAGUUCCUUCUGGUUUUCUUGUGCACUUUUGUGCAGGUGAUGAUAUGUGUGGUCUGGCUCUAUAACGCACCUCCCGCCAGCUACAGGAACCAUGACAUUGAUGAGAUCAUUUUUAUCACUUGCAAUGAGGGGUCUAUGAUGGCUCUGGGGUUCCUGAUUGGCUACACGUGCCUGCUGGCAGCCGUUUGUUUCUUCUUUGCGUUUAAAUCCCGGAAACUGCCCGAGAACUUUACGGAAGCUAAGUUUAUCACCUUCAGCAUGCUCAUCUUCUUUAUUGUCUGGAUCUCCUUCAUUCCGGCCUACUUCAGCACCUAUGGCAAGUUUGUAUCUGCGGUGGAAGUUAUUGCCAUACUGGCCUCGAGCUUUGGAUUGCUGGCCUGUAUCUUCUUUAACAAGGUUUACAUCAUCCUCUUCAAACCCUCAAGGAACACUAUAGAGGAGGUCCGCUGUAGCACGGCGGCUCAUGCAUUUAAAGUCGCGGCCAAAGCCACCUUGAGACACAGCUCAGCUUCCAGGAAGAGAUCCAGCAGUCUGGGUGGAUCUUCUGCCUCGACUCCGUCCUCGUCCAUCAGCCUCAAGACGAAUGGGAAUUACCCCGACUCCCCCUCAGGCCAGCAGCGGGGCAAAAAGCCAAGAGUGAGCUUUGAGAGUGGGACUGUUACUUUGUCCUUGAGCUUGGAGGAGUCAAGGAGGAAUUCAAUGAAAGACUGAAAGGAAUGCUGCAGAGCAUUUAAGAACCUGAUGUGUUUUGUUGAAGGAAUAUUUGAUCUAUGUAUUAGAGAAAAAUAAUUAAUUGACCUGAAAUAUUACAUUUACUGAAAUAUAAUUUACUUUACAGCAGACAUACAGUAGUGGGCUUGAGUCUGACCAGGGUUUGGUUAAGUCACCUAGGUUAGGUUUACACAAACUAAAUAAUUUUUUGUAGAACUUGUUACAUUUGCAGUUACAUGAUAGUUGAUUGGUAUGCUCUGUCUGUUCCAUUAGA